UCUACCUCUGCUGCUCAACACACACCCCGGAGAACAACCUUUGAGGAAACAAAAACGAAGGCACUGCUUUUCUCUCGAGCCAGAGAUAAACGCUCCAAAAUUGCGGAUUACUAUUAGCUCUGGCAAAGGUUUUUUUUUUCUUUAGCUUCUGCAAAGAAAAACCCCUGAAGAUCAGAACACAAAUGGAUCUGAGCAGCAUCGUGUCUCUGCUGGCACUCUUGUCCGUCAACAAGCUGUUGGUGGAUGCAACAUCCAAGAACGAUGACGACAACGAGCCCCGGACUCACCUGAUGGAUCCCCAGUGGAUCCAGAAUCGGAUCGCCAUGGCCCAGUACCAGUGUUUCCAGAGGAUUGUAAGAGAAUCUCAUCGCAAAAUGAACGCCACUGGACCAGUGUGCAACACAACAUGGGACGGAUGGCUGUGCUGGGCGGAGACGGAACCUGGCGAGAAAGAGCAGAGCUGCCCAGACUACUACAACGACUUUGACCCGCGAGCGAUGGCAGUAAAAGUCUGCACAGUGAACGGCGAGUGGGGGCAACACCCAGAUAGCAACAGAACGUGGACAGACUUCACCAGCUGCAAAUCCAACUGGAUGUCUUCAACAAUGUCCCACUUCUACUUGAUCAUGAUUGGUCAGGGACUGUCACUCAUAUCGCUCCUCAUUUCAUUAGGAAUAUUCUUCUAUUUUAAAACUUUGAGCUGCGAGAGGAUAACGCUUCACAAAAACCUCUUCCUUUCAUUCGUCCUAAACUCAGUGAUUACUGUGUUAUUGAUGAGUGUAAACAAGGAGAAAAGUAGUCAGGAGAGCUGUAAGCUUCUGGCAUUCAUCCAUAUGUAUAUAAUGAGUUGUAACUACUUCUGGAUGCUUUGUGAGGGCAUCUACCUGCAUACUCUGAUUGUGGUGGCUGUGUUCGCAGAGAAACAACACCUUAUGUGGUAUUAUCUUCUAGGAUGGGGUUUCCCCCUUGUGCCAGCUGGUAUAUAUUCAAUAGCGCAUACCUGCUAUUAUAAUGACAAGUGCUGGAACAACUCAAACUCUGUCUUCCUGUACAUUGUCCAUGCCCCCAUCUUCGCUGCUUUGGCGGUGAAUUUCAUCUUCCUUCUGAACAUUAUUCGAGUUAUCAUCACCAAACUGCGAGUGACGCAUCAGGCUGAAUCCAGCCUCUACAUGAGAGCCGUAAGGGCUACCCUCAUCCUCAUCCCCCUGCUGGGCAUCCAGUUCAUCCUGUUUGGGUAUAAGCCUAGCGAUCCCCGGUUUGUUGAGAUCUAUUUAUACAUCAUGAACAUCCUCACACAUUGCCAGGGUCUUUUGGUUUCCACAAUAUUCUGCUUCUUCAAUGGGGAGGUUCAGACCGUUCUCAGGAGACAGUGGAAUCUAUUGCGGAUGCAGUCUGCCGGCACUUUUGCCAACCCCGAGUUCUUCCGUUCAGCCUAUUACGUAGCAUCAUCUCUCACCGAAGUCCAUCGUUGCUACAGUAUCGAAAGCCACACUGAGCACAUGAAUGGCAAGAGCUACUCGGACAUAUUCAGAUCGGAAAGUCCAUAUGUGUAACAACGAGAUUCACCGGUUAAACCUUUCAAAGAGAGGAGCUUUUGGACUGGCCAAGGAAAGUAGCUCGGAGCUAGCUUUCUCUAAAUAAUAGAACUGUCAGACAUGAGGAACACAAAAAUGGCAUUACUAGAACAAGUUUUUCUUCUUGAGGAAGCUACAAGAGACGUCAUCAUCAAAGACACCCCAUCUCCGGCUUACUUCAUCGACUUUAUGCAUGACAAUAACGCAGCAAUCCGCAAAGUUGUGACUUCAAGAGAGUUCUUGGUUCACAGGGCACUGUCCUGUUGUGAUGAAAGAAGUGAUCUUUGGGCAUUUUAAAAGAAGAAAAAGUAACAAAGCUUUGGGACUGCCUACUUUGCAUAUUUUAUCAGACUUGACUAAACUGGGAGUAUUGACUCUUACAGUGUGCAAAUACGAAGGCAGAAAGGAGCCAAAUCAGGGGCAAAAUCUAAUAAAGUGUAACAAAUAUUAGUCAACUGUGUGAGAACAGUGGGAUGUUGACCCUAAUCUCAAAACAAGACAAGUACAUUUGGGGCCCAAAUGUAUUUUCUCCUCAUGUAAGUCAAUAUUGCAUUUCUUUACUGUAAUUUUCAUUGCAUGUACAAAGCUGAGCUUAAUCUGUAGUUCGAUCAGUUCCCAUUUAGGUACAAGCAAAAGCUUUAUCCCAUUGGGUUGGCUCACUGAUUGUGUUUUAUGCAUUUGAUUUGGUUCUAUUUCCUUUUCAUUUGUAUCUAAAAUUCAAAAUGCUGGAGAAAUGAAAGGGGAGGGAGGUAAGUAUAUAUGUACAUAUGUUUAUAAAUACACCAUACAUUGAGGCCCAUUAUAUAUGUAUUUGUACAGUUUAUUGACACAAGUGAAUUCUCCAGGAAGCUAUGAACGCACUGUAUUGCAGAUCAUGCUGUCUUUGUAAAAAAAAAAAAAA